GUAUUUAUUUAAAAAAAUGGCUGAUAGCAACGAGACUCGUGAACGGAAACGAGAAAUAGAAGAGAAAAGGCGAAGGCUAGAUGAACUUAGAGCUCUUAGAGCUGCAAACCUUUCAAGACAAAGAGUUGAUGGAAGAGCUUCUUUGAUGAUUGACACAAGAAGAGCAAAGACGAUGACACCUGCAGAGUUUAGAGCAAUGUUGGAAAGUGAUGGAAUUGAAUCCAAACUUAGAGAAGAGGCUCCAAGUGAUCCAAGCAGUACUAAUUCGACAUCUCGAGAGUGCAAUGGAGGCUUGCAUUUGGAAAAUCAUAUUGGAAAUAAUGCUUUAAAUGCAAAUGCUCGUGUUAAGCGUCCUCAGAAUUUGUCAAUAAUUCCAGCUCAAUCAAUUUCGAUUAAACAACCGAGGACAGAAUGCCUCCAAUAUUGCAAAACUACCCAAACUGACGAUGAAAAAAAAUCUGAUGGGGAAUUUAGUAUGGGCUCACAAGAAUUUGCUUUUGAUGAUGAAGUGUCGAUUGAUGAAGGGGCUGGACUUCAAAUUGGAAGUUUUGAUGAAUCUCCAACUAGAGAGAUUAGGAAGCAUCUUAAUAAUUUGCAGUUUAAUAAUCAUGGACAACAUGUUUGUUUUUUUUUUAAUUUAAUGUUGAAUGUAGCGUUUGCGAUUGCGAUAUUUUUCAUCUUUCUUGGAAGAUGA